CAUUUCCUACCGUUCAUGGAGGGAGACAGCAAGACUACCCCUUUCCUUCCGAUAGCCAUGCUAGCUUUUCUAUUCCGCUGCUGCUGCUGCCUCUUCAUACUCAGCCUACCAUGGCUCGACAGCACAGCCCAUGCAUCCGCGCCACGGUGCGCUGCUUUGCAGCAGCAUGGCUCGACGCUUGGAAUCAUGCACCUCUAUGGACCCUGCUCUCCCUUCCGACUAGCCAAGUCAUGGGAAGAAACUCUUCUGGAAAUGGCAGCUGCGGAUGAGGCCCGACUACUAUACCUAACGAACCUGAGAUCGACGCGGGUAAUCUUGCCCGUUGGAUCUGGACGGCAGUUACUGCAGAGCACCACCUACAUUGUCCGGACCAACGUGGGGACCCCACGUCAGCCCAUGCUCAUGGCGCUGGACAUCAGCAACGACGCCGCUUGGGUACCCUGCGCCGGGUGCGUCGGCUGCUCCCGCAGCGUCUUCGAUUCCUCCAAAUCCUCCACCUACUCGACCCUCGGUUGCCAGGCUGUCCAAUGCAAGCAGGUCCCAAAUCCAUCGUGCGCCGGCUCGGCCUGCAGUUUCAACCUCACCUACGGCACCUCCACCGUCCAAGCCAACCUCUCCCGAGACACCUUCACCUUCUCCAACGACAUCGUCCCCAACUACGCAUUCGGCUGCCUGCAGCACGUGACCGGCGGAUCGGUCCCACCACAGGGUCUGCUGGGCCUCGGACGUGGGCCCCUCUCACUCCUCUCACAGACCCAAAACCUCUACCACUCCACCUUCUCCUACUGCCUCCCCAGCUUCAAGUCUCCUAACUUCGCCGGCUCUCUCAAGCUCGGCCCCAUCGCCCAGCCAAAGCGCAUCAAGUACACCCCACUCCUCCGCAACCCACGAAGGCCUUCUCUCUACUACGUCAACAUGAUCGGCAUCACCGUCGGGCGCAGGGUAGUCAACAUCCCUCCAGAAGUGCUGGCCUUCAACCCCGCCACAGGCGCCGGGACCAUCAUCGACUCUGGCACCGUCAUAACUAGGCUGGUGGAGCCGGCCUACGUGGCGGUGAGGGACGUGUUCAGGAGGAGGGUGAAUGGGACGGUGACAACACUCGGCGGGUUCGACACUUGCUAUGUGGGGCCUAUAAGGCCUCCGACGAUAACGCUGCAUUUUGUGGGGAUGAAUGUGACGCUGCCGCUGGAUAAUGUGAUGAUACACAGCACGGCGGGGACUAUCUCUUGCCUGGCGAUGGCCGCAGCGCCGCUGAAUGUGAAUUCGGUGGUGAAUGUGAUAGCGAGCAUGCAGCAGCAGAACCAUAGGGUACUGUUCGACGUCCCUAAUUCAAGGGUUGGAGUCUCUCGUGAGCUAUGUAGCUGAUUUUCGUCUGUUAUUUUAUAAUUUUAGAUUGAACUGAGAAGGGUUUCAGGGCUUGUUUGGUCGUGUACGUUGUUUGGAAUCGGAAAUGUACGUUACUUCUUUUGGCUUUUUU